ACUUUACAGUUCCCAGAGGAGGUGACAGUUUCUCCUGUGCUGUAAAAGGCCACGAGGAUUUGCACAGUGCUCAAGUCUGUGCUGAGGAAAAGUCCUGCUGGGAUGUGAAUUAUGUCAGCAGGAGAAUCUGCGCUCUGGAAGGUUCUUCAGUGAACAUUGCAACUGAAUACUCGCAUCAAGACAACUGGCUACCAGAGUUUAAAUUAUGGUAUAAAGUAAAGAGAAGUGGUGGAGAGAAUGUUGAACAUCUCACAACCAGUUCAGAUCGUCUGAGGUAUCAUGACAAAAUGAACAAAAGCCACAUCCUGAGAAUUACAAAUCUGAGGAAGAAUGACUCGGCAGAAUACAUAUUCUCACUCCAGCGUAAAGGUGAAGAAUGGAAACUGUCUGAUUUCUCUGGAGUCACAUUGGUUGUCACAGGUCUGAAAGUGACGUUUACUCCUUCUGCAGUGGUGACAGAAGGCCAGAGAGUCACACUGACCUGCAGUACCAGCUGUCCUCUCACUGACAACACAAACUACAUUUGGUUCCUCAACUGUCGACCUCUGACCCUGACAGAGACCCAAACCAAACACCUGGUGCUAGACCCAGUCAGCAGUCAGCAUGCAGGAAACUACUCCUGUGCUGUCAAAACCCAGAGAGACAUCACAUCCCCUGCAGAGACUCUCACUGUUCAAGGCCCAAAGAUGGAUGUUCCAAUGGCAAUAAUUAAUGCAGUCAGACUGACGGUUGCGUUGCUGAUCCCGAUUCCUCUUCUUCUCUUCCACCUGUGGAUGAGACGCGCUCGCAGUGUGAGAAUAUCUCAGUCAUGGUCAUGAGUCCUGCAGCACAGAGGGACCCAGCACACUCCAAGAAGACACUGUGUACUGUGUGGCUAAGCAUCCACACAGGAUGCUCCACACAGUGUGCAGCAGCUGCCUGUCUUUAUCAUUUAGGUACAAGCUGGGCUGAGAUGAUCUGAACAGUGCAAAGACACCUCUUAAAUCAGAUUGGGAGUGAAUGAUGGCUUUACAUGAAUUAUAAUGUUAAUGUGUGUCUGAUGGAUGUGAAUGUAAGUCAGGGCUUUGGCUUUGUCAGCUUGUUGUGCAGUUGUUCUUUCCCAGAGUGGCAAAACAAAUGAAUGCAGCUUGAUUUAAGGUUUGUUGUGUCAUUGUCAUUUUAACAGCUGCUUUAAUAUUAGCUGGGAUGUUUAUGUAGUGAAGAUGUAUUUUGCAGCUGCAACAGAUGGCCACAUACAGUUGGGGAAGAUAGGUAUUUAUCAGUCCUUUGUUAGGCUCCACAGAUGUAGCAGGAAAUUACAUAAUUGGGUGUUAAAAAAUAGGUGAAUAUAGAACUCUGGCAUAUGAUGAUUCAGUAACUUUUUCUACUGUCUGUUUAUAUUUGCUGUAUCAGUUCAUUAUGAAAUCCAUUUAAUAGCUUCUCUUAAGUUGUAUAAUCUCUUAUGUUUUUCCGAAUGUACACCAGAUUUUAAUUCAUAUUCUUGUCAAACAUCUAAUAUGUAAUCAUU